AUGCAUUACUUGCGAGCAGCGCUUCCUGGCGAAGCGGCUCGUGUUAUUUUCUCGCUCGAGAUUUCCGCCAACAAUAACCUUGUUGCCUGGAAUUUGUUGAAGGAACGUUUUGAAAACACGAACCUGCUGGUGAAACGGCAUGUUUCUGCCCUACUUACAAUUCCUUCACUGAAAAAAGAGUCUGCACAGGGACUUGCAGAUCUCGCCGAAAAAUUCGAUCGUCAUGUACAGCUGUUGGAUAAACUCGAAGAUUCUGAAAACCACUGGAACGCCUUUCUAGUAGAGCGAUUGAGUCAAUGUCUUGAUAGCGUCACACUCCGUGAAAGAUCGCGAAUCGUACAAACUUUAAAGCUCUCCCAAUCGGCAAACACCCAGUUCGAGAUCAAGCAUCCCAAACCCCGAUCAGUUGUUGCCCAUGUCGCCUCCGACAACGUUACCCAGUGCGUCAACUGUAAGCACGCUCACUUCCUGUUCCAGUGUGACCAGUUUCGUUCACUCUCUCCACAACAACGGUUCGAAGUCGUGAAGAAGCACGGGCUGAGCAUUAACUGUCUCAAGGGAACACAUCAAGCGAAAAACUGCUCCAGCGGUUCCUGCAAAAGCUGCUCUAAGAAGCAUCACUCAUUGUUACACCUGCCACCUCUCUCGUCGGCUUCUGGUUUACUACCAGUGACAACAUUUAAGCAGCCCACAGUGUACCAACCCGCUGCAGCAUCUACUUCACAGUCGUGCCAAAUGUCGCAUUUUCUUCCAAACCUCCUCGGAGGCUCUUCGUCGCAGGAGCUCGCGGUUGCUCCACCACCUAUCAAUUCGUCGGUUCGAUCGCAGUCGUCGCGCGGUAAUUCUUUCCCACAUUCGUCGGUCGAUGUCGUUCCUCCUCACACUGCCUGUCAAAGUGCAGAAAUAGUGACUCAACAUCGGCAGUCAACAGUCAUUUUGUCAACAGCAGUGGUCAAAGUGAAAGAUAUUGAUAACAAAUACGUCCUCGUUAGAGUCCUCCUGGAUAGCGGUUCACAGCCAAGUUUCAUCUCCGAAGCGCUAUGCCAAAAGAUUCGUUUAACACGAACGAAACUGAAUUCGCCAGUCAGUGGGAUCGGACAAUCUAUAGUUAACGUUCGCUAUGCUGUAGCCGUCUCGCUCGCCUCUCGUUUCGAAAAUUUCAUGACCCAACAGGACUGCUUAGUACUGCCGAAGCUUACCGUCUCGCUGCCUAGUCACCACAUCGACAUCUCUCGCUGGCGGAUCCCUAGAAAACUUCCACUGGCUGAUCCGCAAUUUAACAUAAGCCAAGGUGUGGACAUGAUACUCGGAGCUGGUCUAUUUUUCGAGCUUCUCGAAAACCAGCAACUCUCUCUUGCCGCUGACUAUCCCACGUUGCAGAAAACGGUUCUGGGCUAUAUCGUCUGUGGAAAGAUAAAGCAGCCGACCACAGAGGUCACUGACACACAGUCCUGCCACUUCUGCGUAGAAGAUACGCUUGAUACCAUGCUUCAACGAUUCUGGGAAAUCGAGAAUUUUGAUGACGGUAAAGCUCUCACUCCAGACGAAAAAUUCUGCGAAAAACACUUUCAAUCGACUGUUACUCGUGACGAAACGGGCCGCUAUGUCGUUCGUCUGCCACUCAAGGAAGACAAGGUGGAAAUGCUAGGAGAUUCAUACCCCUCCGCUGUUCGAAGGUUCCAGCAAAUGGAAAAACGGUUCUUCACUGAUGAACAUCUUCGUAAAAGCUAUUCUGAGUUCAUGGAGGAGUAUGAGAGGUUGAGUCAUAUGAAGUUGAGUCCCGUCGCGUCGCGUAGCCCACAGUUUUUCCUUCCCCACCAUGCCAUCCAGCGUCCAGAGAGUACGACCACAAAAAUACGAGUGAUAUUCGACGGUGCAUGUCGUGGAGCUUCUUCCUUGUCGCUGAAUGAUGCCCUCUACGUCGGACCAACAGUUCAGCCAGCUCUGUUUGCUACCAUCAUCAACUUCCGUUUACCACGAUUCGCCAUAUCCGCCGAUGCGGAGAAGAUGUUUCGCCAGAUGUGGGUUCACCCAGAUGACCGAAAGUUCCAGCAAAUUCUCUGGCGCAACAAUCCGUCAGAACCAAUCCGCAAUUAUCAACUUAAAACCGUCACUUACGGUCUUGCAAGUUCGCCAUUUAAUGCCGCUCGCGUUUUAAAUCAAUUAGCUACAGACGAAGGACAUCGCUUUCCGCUGGCCGUGCCAGUGAUACGGAAAGGCACCUACGUAGACGACGCUCUCACCGGACAUGAUGACCAUGACACGAUGGUCGAAACUUGCAAGCAGUUGAGGGAGAUGAUGAAAUCCGGUGGUUUUGUACUUCGCAAGUGGGCAUCCAACUGCAAGACAGUCCUCAGUCGAGUCCCAGAAGAACUCUGGGAGACCUCAGCAGAAUUGGAGCUCGAUCGUUCGCAAGCCGUCAAAACUUUGGGGUUGUUGUGGUUCCCUCACAAGCAUGACGUCUUCAAAAUCAAGGUUCCCGCUCUUCCAGAGCUUGAGGUCGUCACCAAGCGGAUUGUCGUGUCGGAAAUGUCCCAACUAUUCGACCCGCUUGGACUUCUUGGACCUGUGGUGGUCAGUGCAAAAAUGUUCAUCCAAUCUCUCUGGGCAGCACAUAUGUCGUGGGACUCUGAGCUUGCGAAAGAAGCAGCCGUUCCAAGAAGGGUCCUCUGGAACAAGGAUACAGAACGCCAGUACUCAGUACACUACUUCUGCGAUGCCUCGCAGAAGGGAUUCGGGUGCUGCUUGUACAUCGUAUCUUUGGAUGAGCUUCAUUCACACCUGCUCACGUCGAAAUCUCGCGUCGCACCUCUUCGUGGACAGUCAAUUCCACGCUUGGAGCUCCGCGCAGCCCUUCUCGGGAGUCAACUGGUCCACUGCUUACGAACUGACACCAAUAUCACUGGACCAGUCACAUUUUGGACCGACUCUACUGUCGCACUUCACUGGAUCAAAUCCAGAUCGAAUUCCUGGAAAGUCUUCGUGUCGAAUCGGGUCGCAGAGGUCCAACGCUUAAUGAAGGAUGCGCAGUGGAUGCACGUACCGACCGAUCUAAAUCCUGCCGACUAUAUCUCCCGAGGACUACUUGCAAGCCAGAUCAUCUACGACAAGCUGUGGUGGCAUGGGCCAGAGAAUCUCACAUUCCCCGUCGAGCAAUGGCCAAAGUGUCCGAUUUCGAUGCCGAAUAAAACGGAACUGGAGGAGGAGAUGCGUGUGCUGGUUUCCCUACAUCUACUACAAGACAACGGAACCAUCUUUAGUGCAUUCUCGGAGUUAGCCAAGCUAACGCGCUUCGUCGCGUACUGCUUUCGGUUUCGGAACAACUGCAAGCUCCCGAAAGAUCAAUGCGUGUUGUCCCCGCUGUCGCCUCAAGAAGUGGACUGUGCGCUGAAAUCAUUAGUUCGUCUCGCCCAGCGCCAGGAAUUCCCAACAGAAGUUCAACUGCACAGUCGAAAGCAGACCGAGAACACAGUGAGGGUCGCAUCAAAAUCGGCACUACAAAACUUGAACAUAUUCAUGGACGAUUUCGGGUUACUUCGGAUGGACGGAAGGUUGAAAAACUUAAACGCACCGUUCGACACUCGCUUUCCGAUUCUGCUUCCAGCAAAACAUAGUCUGAGCGUCCUCAUCGCCAGGUCAGUUCAUAUUCAGACACUUCACGGUGGACCGUCGCUGAUGCUCGCUACCAUCCGUCAACGAUUCUGA